UGGGAGAAGCACUAUCAAAGAGAGUUUGUUGCAUAGGGGAAGCAAUCGGGGAGAGGGCGUGGGCGAAGUGGCCAUGGCUCGCGUUCGUGGCAAUGAUCUGUUUGCUGCCGGUGAUUACCAUGGCGCCAUAGCCGCUUACACGCUCGGACUCGAUGGGGGUCCAACUUCUCAGACAGUCUCUGGAGAAGACGACCGGGGCACAUCAUCUUCGCCGCCUUCAUCCCACUCACCCUCCGAGAGAGCCGUGCUUCUGGCCAACCGCGCCGCGUGUCAUCUGCGCCUGGGCGCCACCGAUGCCGCUGCUGCCGAUUGCCAAGCUUCUACAGUUCUCGACCCUUGCUAUUUCAAGGCGUGGACACGAUUAGCUCAAUGUCUGCCGGUGGAUGACCUUAGGGCUGGUAUAGCCAUCUGCAGUGGAGGGGCUUUGGGCAGCAGGAGCGGAUGGGACCAAGUUUGGACCCUGUACCGGUCGAUUCAAACCCAUCAUCAAUCUUGGAUGCCCAAAGAUCUUGAGAAGAUCGCAAUCGUCUCGUCUGAUUACCAACUCGUCGCUGCAUUGGCCGCGGCAUCAGUGUCCAGACAAGCAGGUGGUGAUGAUGAGGGUGAAGGUAGCAAGGAGGGUGUAGUAAUCGUCUUGCGUCCGGGUUCGUAUAAUAUGAUGCCGAUGACGACGACGCGACUGUCGUCUUGUUGUGCUGGGAAAUCUCUUGCCUUGAUUGGCCUUGGGAAUGUCGAACUGGUCUCGCCGAUCAGUCAUGCUAUUGCCCUUGACGGCGAGAACUGUUCCCUACUGAUCGCUAAUGUCCAGAUGGCGGGAAGUAGUCAGGUUUCGGCAGUUUGCGUGAGUUCGAACGCGCGUCUUCGACUCAUUAAUUGCCGUAUUCACGAUUACGCCGAGGCGGGAGUACUGAUUGCCGGCGGUCACGCGGAGUUGUCGCACUGCUCUUUCCGCCGCACAGCCAAACAAGCGAUCGAGGUGAGAGAAGGAGGGACACUCCAUGCCGAGUCCAUCUCCAUCGUCGAUUGCAUGCAGGGAGUGACAGCCUACGGUGGGGCGCGAAGGGUGUGCAUAAAGAACAGCCGGAUCGAGGGCUCGAUGAUGGAGAACGUCGUUGCCGCAGGUACGUUUGAGAACGCGCCGACGGCGAUGCAGCGAGAGACUGGUUUUGGCGGGUACAAGAACGAAACCAGCGCUGCGGCGGCCUUGUGGGGAAAAGAGCGCGCGAUUCAAUUGGAGCUCGUGCUGUCGGGAUGCACCAUCGCGCGCUCAGGGCAGUUCGGCCUGUCGGCGGAUUUCGGCGCCGUGGUGACGUUGAAUCAAUGCAGGUUUGACAACUGCGACAUGCCGGCAGUCUUCGUGAAAGGCGGUACGGACGUAUGGAUCCGUGCGUGCCAGUUCGUGUACAGAGGGGGCAAGUCGACCCAGACUUGGGGAGGUCACAGGCUGCCGCAAUGUGCUGUCUAUGUGGCCAUCAACUAUGGAGGCGUUGUCGAUAUCUACGGGAAUGCAUUCGCCGGGCCUAGGGAGCUCGCUGUGUUCCAAGAUGCGAAGGAUAGUCCGGAGUGGCGGGAAAAUCGACUAAUCAUCAAUGUGAUGGGUCUAUGGUCACGACCCGCCAACGUGAGGGACAACCGGCAUUUCACUCUGGCGGAGGCCGAUCGCUUGCCAUCGACGUCAGUGCUUGCGGGGGAGGGACAGCUGUUGCUAGCGGAGGGGAAGCAAGCGGCGGAAAGCAGUGGGCAUGGCGGAGCGCGGGUGCGCGCGCCUGAUAUUCGCACGCAGCGGCGGCUUCACCACACAGCCCAGCUUGCCCAAUGGGAUCCGCUUUCCCACGCCUACUACGCCAUCGGAAACACCUUUGGCUAUGACUUAACUGCGCCUAGCGACGGGUUCGGAUCGCCGACGACACGUCAUCAGUCGGCGGCGGCGAUGACCGCGGGCGGAGAGGAGGUGGGAGGGGUCGGGGAUGGUGUUGCGCAGCGACGCCUGCUCUUCGCGGCAUGUGGGGAUAUCCGGAAUCUGCUGGCCACGGCGCGAUCUGUGGAGUUUCGUGUGGCGGCGUCGAGGAGAGAGACGGCAAGAUCUGGAGGAACACAUUAUGUGCUCAAUGAUGGAAACGUGAGCAUGCUUGCACGAAGCGCCGUGCUAAUCCAUAUGGCGGCGGAGUUAGGUGCCACCGCAGAUGUCGUCCUGGCCGUCUGGGCUAAUCACGGACUGACGGAUCUGCAAGCCGCCAUGCUCUCGCGAUCCCUCUCCUUGCUCGCAGUGCAGCCAUGGCCAACCUGGUUGUCGGCAGCAUCUUCGCUCGAUCCCGAUGCGCCCGCGGAUGCGCGGGCGGAGGCUUCGCUGCGAGCUGUGUUCCGUGCAUGGGCGGAUUGCACGAUGAGUUUGUCGGAGCUGCUUGAGGUACGCAACGCCCUCCUUCUCGGCGUCGUAGAUCACGCGAUCGACCUCUCUAUUGCGGCCACUGGCGGACGUUUCCGCCAGGACGUCUCCGCUUACCUCCGCACCGGCAGUAUCGACCGCCAGAGAUCGAGCAGCUGCGGAAGCAGCAGCCCCGGUAGCUCCAGCAGGCGCAGCCGCAGGCGCAGCGGUCGAUCUUCAGAUGCGCCGUCAUCAUCGGAGCCAUUGACCUCGGCGAACGUGACCUUACUCCUUGCGCCAGCUCUGCAAUACACUGUCUACUUUUCGAGUUCGAUCUUCCGCGCCGUGCCACUUGAUGCCGCCUGCUCGACGGCACUGGAGGGCCUUCUGACCUGGAUUACGCCGGGGAUCACUUGCCUGGCAAGUGCUCUCCGCUCGGGUACGGCGAGUUUACAACUGGUUCCUGGCGACAUCCUGGAUCUGAUGACGUCACCGCGGGAGGUGACCUCGGGGACGCAUUCUCGUUCUCCGUGUCAGCCGCUGCAUAAUGGGCAUCAUGAUGAUUGUAAUUACCUGUACGACUUCAUCGACUGCUCCAACGUGGCAGACUACGUGUCAGUUCCUGCGCUUCUGCAAGCCGCAGCUCCUUUUCUGGCUCGGAGGCCCUCGUCUCGUCUCCGGAUCGAAAGCAAGGUGUUGUUGCAUGAGGCACGCGCGCGUCUUGGUGGUCCCCACCUUGACCCAGGUCCAGUCCAGUUCGUAGAGUCGCAGUUACCAGAAGGCUUCUCGCUCGCCUCGUAUGAAACGCUACUGGGAAUCCGAUUGCUCGGCGGCAAUCGCCUUCAGUUGACUAACGAAGUCAAACCGGCCGGCGGAAAAAACGCUGCGCCUGCAGCUAAGGCUGCAGCUGAGGCUGCGGCUGCGGCUGCGGCUGCGGGAGGAAUUCGAUUAGAAAUAGCUGCAGCUUCCGCAGAUACCCCCACACUGCCGCACUCGCGCAUGUGCGGCAUCAGCGCGCUGUUCCUGUUGCUCGAGCUUCUGAGGGCUUGCAAGAACUCCAUGCCGUCGUCCACCACGCUCGUUCACUUGCUGGCGAUGGCGUCGAGUGACAACGAUCCUGAGCCCAUGGUUCAGGCUCUGCUUCGCUGCGACCCUGAAGGCCAAGCGCCAAUGUUCAAGUGGGAGCUGCUAUUGCACGCCAAAGUCCAGGCUGCCUUCAGCAGAGCUAACCCCCCUCUCUCCCCGUCAACCUCCCCCCCUUCCACAAUCAUUGACAAUCUUCGUCUGCUGCUUGUGACCUACGACGCUUCGCCCGGCUUUGCCCUUCUUCGCCAUCGCGACAGUCCGCUCUUGCUCGCCUUCAGCCGACAGCCAUUACCAUCCGGUGUGGUUAUGAAGCGCAGUGCCGCGCAGUUGAUGUCGGUUUUCGAAUGGGUGGACGACGUGGCAAAGGCGCGCUUCCUGAUAACUGCUAGCGUCCUUAAGCAAUGCCGGUCGUGGUUCGUCACGCUCUGCGUUCUCUCUGCGUCCGCUGGUUUAGUCGCCGUCGGCAUUCCCGCUGCUCUUUCCUCUCUCACAGUCGCGCCAGUUUCAGCUAGUGAGAUUCGGCCGUGGCGCUGCCACAGCGAUCCACGGGCUUCGGCCCUACUAUCUCCCGAUGAGAGAGAGACACUCGGACUCGAACACUUGUCCUUCUCCAGAGAUAUGGACAUGAUCGACAAGAUGUUUUCCGUCAACGAUCGAAAAGAGUGGCAGCACGCCAUUCACUUCUUCGCGGAAUGCAUCGUUGUGGAUGUACUGGCGCCCGGAGAGUUGCCCGCAGUGGAGCACGCCAAAGUGUCGGUCUUGGUCGACGGCAAGUUUCUGGCGGUGGACAUCAUUCCCGCCAAAGGUAGAAAAGGAGGAGGAGGAGGAGGAGGAGGAGGAGGAGGAAAGAACGUAGCUGGGGGAGGAGGACGUGAGGGAGCAUCAACUUCGGUAUCCCCGGACUCGUUCAGAGUGCCGCUGCCUUGCGAGGUAUCGAAGGAUAACGAUGCGUGUAAAAUUAUGAUAAGCCGCAGGUUGGGCGCCAUUUCCGCCAGGAUUUUGAAAAUUCCGAAAUCAGUCCAAGCUGCGAAGAAAAGUAGUGACUGAAGGGCCCCUUUAACUGUAAGUGAAGCCCUUUAAGCGCCCCUUUUGAAGAGAAAAGACUAAAAGAAAACAAAAAAAGCAGUGACUGAAGGACGAAGUUGUUAUAACAAACAAAAGAUGGUUUAAAACUUCCCAUAACUUAACGCACACUCGCAGCAAGGUUGCCAAGGUAGAAAAAAAUGGUUUAUUAUUAGCUGGGUUUUGAAGCUGUGUCCGGAGUCAGGACCCAGUCAAGCUGGAUACAGUGGAUAGUAGUUGUGUGCGUGGAGUAGUUGUGUGCGGACCUGUUCCGGCUGGAUACAGGCAUGGUUAGGAAAUUAAUAGGAGGGGGAAUUCAUCAGAUCUUAAUUGGAUGUCUCAUUGGACCCUCAGGCUCAGCUGACGUUACUUCUCUUGUGGGGUAGAAGAACGGGUGUGACUCUUGUGAGAACGUCUACGUAGACUGCGUGGUUAUGGGACCUGUAAUCUUUAAUCUUAUGGGUGGACGGUGAGAUUAAUGUAAGGUACUGGAGCGCGCCGUGUUUCGAGUAUUUGGAGUGUUUUUGUGGUUUGUUGUAUGACUGCUUGUAGAAGGAGACUUCGCUGUACAUAGGGAUGUGCUUUGUUGGAAUUGUUAGAACUUAGCAACAAAGAUACAAUAAGGUU